UAAGUACGCGCACACACUCGCGUCGCUGAAGCUCACCUCCGCCAUCUUGUGCACCUAGCCCAUAGCCUAAUACACCUAUGAUCCUGUGACGUGUGUGUAUUGUUUGCUGCUGGUCCCUCGUAGUAAAUGAAAGUGAAACAAUCAGAAGCCAGGGGAAUUCCUCAGGGAGAAGAACAUAGCCUACUUUCUAUACAGAUAUAAUAAAAAAAAAAAAACAUUAACGGUGCCAUGGCUUCCAGAAAAAGUCUCCCUGAAGAAGGUGAAACAAGUAAAAGUCUGAUACAGAAAGAAUCUCCUGAACCCAGUUUUGUGUCUAUGAAGAGCAAUCAGUCAGCGUGUGAACCAUCCAACUUCAGUUCAGGAGACACUUCUGCUGAUGUGAGUCUGAUACAGAAAGAAUCUCCUGAACCCAGUUUUGUGUCUAUGAAGAGUAAUCAGUCAGCGUGUGAACCAUCCAACUUCAGUUCAGGAGACACUUCUGCUGAUGCGAGUGGAGUACAGGAGGAAUCUUUAUCCAGAAAGCAACUGGACUCCAUUUUUAAGGAUCUUGGACAUGAAAUCUUGUCUGAGCUGAAUAUGUUCAAGAGACUACUGAAUGCAGAUUACUCAGAAUACUCUGAGAAGGAGGAGGAUGAAGAUCAACACCUAUUCAGAGAGGGGCUUCUGAAGGUUACACUGCUUGUCCUGAGGAAGAAGAAGUAUACAGAUAUUGCUACCACAUUACAGACCAAGCUGGCAUCUUUCUGUAUGAUAAAACACAAAUCCAGAUUAAAGGAACAAUAUCAGAGAAUUAAUGAAGGAAUAUCAAAUCAAGGAUGUUCCAUUACUUUUCAUAAGAUCUACACAGAGCUGUACAUCUCAGAGGGAGGAAGUGGAGAGGUCAAUAAAGAACAUGAAGUGAGACAGAUUGAGAGACAAUGCUGGAGACCAGAGACACAGGAAGCACCAAUCAAUUGCAAUGACUUAUUUAAAGUCUUACCUGGACAAAACACACCCAGAUCUGUACUGACUAAAGGUGUCGCAGGAAUUGGAAAAACAGUCUCAGUGCAGAAGUUCAUUCUGGACUGGGCAGAAGGAAUCACUAAUCAAGACAUCCACUACAUAUUCCCACUUCCCUUCAGAGAGCUCAAUUUGAUGAAGGAGAAAAAAAUGGGCCUGAUUGAACUGCUUCAAUAUUUUGUUUUGGGUACAAAAGAAUUGAGCACAACAGAGUUUAAUGACUACAAAGUCCUUUUUAUCUUUGAUGGCCUUGAUGAGUGUCGACUUCCUCUAGAUUUCCAGAACAAUGACAUUAUAUGUGAUGUAACAGAGUCAGCCUCAGUGGAUGUUCUCCUGACGAACCUCAUUAAGGGGACUCUGCUUCCAUCUGCUCUCCUCUGGAUCACCUCUCGACCAGCAGCAGCCAGUCAGAUCCCUCCUGAGUGUGUUGACAAAGUCACCGAAGUACGAGGGUUCAAUGACCUUCAGAAGAAUGAGUAUUUCAGGAAGAGAAUUAGUGAUCAGAGUCUGGCCAGCAGAAUAAUCACACACAUUAAAUCUUCAAGGAGCCUCUACAUCAUGUGCCACAUCCCAGUCUUCUGCUGGAUUUCAGCCACUGUUUUAGAGAGGAUGCUGAGUGAAGCAGAGAGUGCAGAGAUCCCCAAGACUCUCACACAGAUGUUCACACACUUCCUUAUCUUUCAAACCAAACUGAAGACCCAGAAAUAUAAUGGGAAAUAUGAGGUAGAUCUUCAGCAGGCCAAGAAGAGCAGUUUGUCACUGGGUAAACUGGCUUUUGAACAGCUGAAAAAGGGGAACCUGAUCUUCUAUGAGGAGGAUCUGAAGCAGUGUGGCAUUGAUGUCAAAGAAGCAUCUGUUUACUCAGGAGUUUGUACUGAGAUCUUCAGAGAGGAGAUUGGGCUGCACCUGGUGAAGGUGUACAGCUUUGUACAUUUGAGCGUUCAGGAGUUUCUUGCUGCUUUAUUCAGAUUUAUGUCCUUUAUUCAAGACAAAGAAACAAAAGGCAGCAUAACUGAUUCAUUAAAGUGUGAAGUGAACAAGGCCUUGCUAAGUGAAAAUGGACACUGGGACCUUUACCUGCGCUUCCUUCUGGGGCUCUCACUGGAGUCCAAUCAGACUCUCUUACGAGACAUCUUUACACAGACAGGAAGCAGAUCUGAUAGCAAACAGGAUUUAGUUGAGCACAUUAAGAGGAAGAUCAGGGAUAAUCCCUCUCCAGAGAAAUCCAUCAAUCUGUUCCACUGUCUGAAUGAACUGAAUGAUCAUUCACUCAUACAGGAAGUUCAAUCAUACCUGAGCAGAACAGGUGCCAGUGAUCUGUCUGGAUCCAAACUCUCUCCUGCUCAGUGGUCGGCUCUGGUGUUUGUUUUGCUGAACUCAGAAAAGGAGCUGGAUGAGUUUAUACUGAGAAACUACAAACCAUCUGAAGAUGGUCUUCAGAAGCUUCUGCCAGUCAUCAAAGCCUCUAGAAAAUCUGAUUUAAGUGACUGUAAUCUGAGAGAGAAGAGCUGUUCAGCACUGGCUUCAGUUCUCAGCACAAGCCCCUGCAAUCUAAGAGAGCUGGACCUGAGUAAAAACAUCCUGACGGAUUCAGGAGUGAUACAGCUCUCUGAUGGAUUGAAGAAUGCACACUGUAAACUACAGACACUAAAGCUGUAUCACUGCCACAUUGGAGAGAAAGGUUGUGCUGCUCUGGCAUCAGCUCUGAAAUCAAACCCGUCACACUUAAGGGAACUGAAUCUGAAAUGUAAUACACUAGGAGACCCUGCAGCAAAACUGCUCUGUGAUUUACUGAAGGACUCAUGCUUUAAACUGGAGAAACUACAGCUGGAAUGCUGCGAUAUUGGAGUGGAAGGUUGUGCUGCUCUGGUAGAAGCUCUGGGAUCAAACCCCUCACAUAUAAGAGAAUUGAAUCUGAACAGGAAUAAAUUGAAAGAUUCAGGAGUGAGUUUACUCUAUGGUCUACUGAAGGAUCAACAGUGCAAACUGGUUAAGUUACAGCUGUGUGACUGCAUUAUUAGUGAGAAUGGCUGUGACGUCCUAGUAUCCGCUCUGAAAUCAAACCCUUCACACUUGAGUGAACUGGAUCUGAGCAGAAAUAAAGUGGGUGAUUCAGGAGUGAAUUCUCUCUCUGAUCUACUGCAGGAUCCAUGCUGCAAACUGAAGAAACUACAGUUGUCUAACUGUUGUAUUGGAGAGGAAGGUUUUUCUGUUCUUGUUUCAGCUCUGAGAUCAAACCCUUCACAUCUAAGAGAACUGGAUCUGAACUACAAUACACCAGGAGAAUCAGGAGUGAAGCAGCUCUCAGAAUUAAUAAAGAAUCCGGACUGUAAACUGGAGAAGUUACUGCUGUGUCACUGCAGUAUUCCAGAAGAAGGAUGUGUUACUCUGGUUUCAGCUCUGAGAUCAAACCCCUCACAUCUGAGAGACCUAAUACUCAGUGACAAUAAACCAGAAGAUACAGGAUGCACGUCUGCUCUCCGCUCAGCUGAAGCAUCAGCCGUUUAAACUGGAGACACUACAUAUCCAUUUUUUUUCUCCUCCUGUGACUUUUCAACAAUCAACAAAAGACAAACUAAACCAUUAUCUUCUGUCAUAACAAGAGCGGAUACUCUACUAUACAGACAGCAUUACUUGCCAGGUCAACAUGAAAGUCUCUGAUGAAAUGAAUUGUAAAUGUACACACAUACAGAUAUUUUUAUAAUUUAUCUGCGUUUGUAAUAAUCUAGAUGGAGUGGACUAAAUUUCUUUUGAAUCUGAUGAAUAAUAUCAGUUGCUCUAAAUCUCAGGCACUGCCUACUUUCCACCCACUCACAUAAAAUGAUUUUUAUUUUGUAAUCAAACUUAACAUUACAAUGUAUAAUAUAUAUAUUUUUAUUGUAAUCUAUAUUUUCACAUAAAAUAUUUGAAUAUAAAAACAACACAAAGACGGCAUAUCACUGAUGGCAAAAAAAAAAAAAAAAAAAAAAACGAUUGUUGUCCUUGGACCCCCAGUUGCUGUCCCCGAUUUGUGUUUUUGAAAUAAAUGAAAAUGUUUUGAUUUUGGGAAAUAUAUGUUAAUAUAAUAAUCAUAACUAAAGCCAAAUUUUAUUUACUUUAAUUACAACAGUUGUUAAGGAACUAUGCCACAAGGUAUCCUACUAAAGAUAUUACUUUUGGAGGGGAUUUUAAUAUGGUGAUAGACAAAUGGCGUGACAGAUCUCCUACAUAAUACCUGAGACACCAUUACAAUCCCAUACUGCUUGACUUUUGUAGUGUGUUUAAAUUGAUAGAAGUAUGGUGCACUAAAGCCCUGGUAUUCAAGUUUCCAUGUGGUUUAAACCUGAUGGUUCAGUUAAAUCCAGGUUAAAUUUCUGAUUAGUCUCUGAAUUUAGAUCUGGUGUGGAGUCAGACUGUAGUUCAGUUUCAUGAAAAUAUAGCUACAAUUAAUAAUAUAAAUGAAGAUUCAAAUUUUAAAACUUAUAGAGAGAAAUGGAAAUAUUUUAAGUUUAAGGUACGUCAGGAUGGAUUUUCUAUUACUAACAAACAUUUAUCUAAUAUUGUUAUCUGGAAUGUUUUUGUUAAUGAACUAUAUCCCCUUUAUUCAAAUAAAAAUGUAAUAUACAAAUAUUUAAAGGUAAAAUUUUAUGAAUUAAAUAUUUGAAAUUUCCAGUUGCACCAAAAGCGAAAGAAGUCCUUCUAGAGAAUUUUUGAGAUAUCCAAUUGGUCUUGACAUUAAGAACUGUUCCUUUUGUGAUGAUCAAAUUGAAACUACUGAACAUCUUUUUUUAUGAUUGUAAAUUUGCCUUAUGCAUUACUGGCUAUUUCCUAAAAAAAAAACAAUCAACUCUAUUAUUAUUAAUCUUGGGAUAUUCUUUUUUUUUUUUUUUUUU